UCCACCUCUGAGAGUGGGGCUUGUUGUGAUGGGGAUAGAUAAAACAGAAGACCUUGUCUUGUCGAUUCAACUCCAACACUCAAACGUCAGAGUCCUGAAUCUGUGUAUGAGAUUCUGAGACUCUUUCCUUGUAACUCAGAAGCCUCUUUUCACUUCUGCAAUCUGAAGAAGAAGUGGGAAUCUGGGUUGGGGUAGUGAGAAAUCAAGAUGAAAGGAGAGGGGAAGAUGGUGUUGAAGUCAAAGAUGAAAUGGGUUGGUCUUGUUGGUCUGGUUCUCUCUGCCAUUUCUCUGUUUGUUCAUUUUUUACUGGCGAGAUUUACUGAGGAGGGCUUUUCAGAGUUCCAUUCUUCCAUCACAAUCUUCCCAAGGCGAGCCAUUGGUGAAAGCUUGAAUUUUUCCAAGACUAGUGCGAUGUAUAGAAGGCUAUGGGGUCCGGUAAGGCCUCUCGAAUCAUUGCAUCCUGAUGCGAAUCCCAGAGGAUAUUAUUCCGAUCCCAAUUCAGAUACCAAUGGAUUUAUCUUUGUGAGAAUACAAGGGGGGUUCCAUGAGAUCAGGAAUUCGAUAUGUGAUGUAGUUGUGGUUUCUCGGUUUCUUAAUGCAACAUUAGUUAUUCCUGAGCUCCAAUCAACCACAAGCAGCAAGGGCAUCAGCUCUCAGUUUAAGAGUUUUGCCUAUCUCUACAAUGAGGACCAAUUCAUGGCAGCAUUAUCAAAAGAUAUCAAAGUUGUGAAAACCCUACCUAAAAAUCUCAAAGGGCAAAGGAAGAAAAAGAAUAUUCCCUCAUUUAAAGUGCCUUACUCUGCUUCACCAUACUACUAUAAGCACCGCGUUCUUCCAGUUUUGAAGAAGCAUUCAGUAGUUGAACUAGUCGUGUCUGACGGUGGAUGCUUGCAGGCCAUCCUGCCACCAGAUCUUGAAGAGUACCAGAGGCUGAGAUGUAGGGUUGCUUUUCAUGCACUUCAGUUCCGGCAGGAGGUCCAGGAACUUGCUAGCAAAAUUUUACACAGAUUACAGGCUCCUGGACAGCCAUUUGUAGCAUUUGACCCUGGAAUGACCAGAGAUGCUUUGGCACAUCAUGGUUGUGCUGAACUCUUCCAGGAUGUACAUACUGAACUCAUUCAGCACAAAAGACAGUGGAUGAUAAAACGUGGGAUUGUCAAGGGAAAUCUUUCGGUGAAUUCUGCAAAGCAACGACUCAAAGGUUCUUGCCCACUAAUGCCAGAAGAGAUUGGUAUUAUUCUUCGUGCAUAUGGAUACUUGUGGGACACAAUAAUAUAUGUAUCUGGGGGAGAAAUCUUUGGUGGCCAAAGGACAUUGAUCCCUCUUCGUGCAAUGUUUGAAAAUGUUGUUGAUAGGACCUCCCUCAGCAUUCUCUGGGAGCUCAGCAGGAUUUAUGGUCGUGAGGCUAACCUUUUCGAAAGUAAUCCCAGGAGUCCACCUACAGCUGAGGAAGAGAUGAAGGUUGAAGCAUGGAAAACUGCAGGGCCACGUCCUCGCCCACUUCCACCGCCUCCAGCCAGGCCUAAAUCAUAUAACAUUGAAGGUUGGUGGGGCUGGGUAGCUGAGAGUGAUAAUGAGCCUGAUAGUACAGUUAUGGAAUUGAGGACGAACGCUCAUAAACUACUGUGGGAAGCAAUUGAUUACGUGAUAUGCGUUGAAGCUGAUGUAUUUAUCCCUGGCUUUGAUCGUGAUGGUAAGGGACAUCCAAAUUUCGCAAGCUUAGUAAUGGGACAUAGACUCUAUCAAUCAGCUGCAUCAAAAACAUACAGGCCAGACAGAAAAGAAGUCGUCAGGCUCUUGGAAGAAAUCAGUGAUCACCUCUACCAUGCAAACCAUACUUGGCUGAUGUCUGUGCGCAAGCAUUUGAGAAAGAGAUUGGUUGAUGGGUUAUUAGAAGCAUCCACAAAAUCCAAAUCGAAGUCUUUUAUCUCUCAUCCUGUCCCUGAAUGUUCUUGCUUGAGGCGUGAUUAUGCUGGAAAAUCUAUCAAUGCUUCAACAUCAACUCCUUCCAGUCAAUCUCAAGUUAUUGCUGCUCUUGGAAUUGUGCACUUUUGCCCGGCUUGGAUGGAGAAUGAUCUGACAUUGCAGACAAAAGACAAGGAUAAUGAAGAAGCUUUAGACGAGGAUGACUCCACCUCGUCUGGAUUAUUUUUCCGGAAAAGUAAUGGAGAUCACGAAGAAUUAAGCACCAAAGAAGAAACUCAGUUGGAGGAUCAAGACGAGGUUGAGGGUGGAGAUAGGUAGUGAGCUAAUUAAGUCCCAGUAAUUCUGAACAUCCUCAACUGCACUUUUGUACAUAAAAGAUAGCCUUCAUAUGUCUGAUCCAGGCAUCCAGCAAGAUUCAAACUACUCUUCAGAUUCAGCAACUGUUCAAGAACACGAGUGACUACCCGCCAGUUUUGUUGCUCCAUUGAAGCACUUGCUCAGUGUCAUUAUAUAUUUAUAUAUUCCCAAUAUCCAAUUUUGAUAUUACCUAAUUUGUUCAUGAAUGUUUGCUUUAGCGGAUAUUUUCCUAGAGAAGUUUUCUGUUUCACUUCAAA